AUGGGAAUCAAACGUCCAUUAGAUGCGGAAGAGUUUCCAGAGCCUUCCUUCAGCCUACCUAAACCGCUUGAUUAUAACAAAAAGCUCAAUUUAAAUAUAGAUGAAUCUCACAUAAGUACUCCAAUAGCUGAUUUUCCUGGUGGAGCGAAGAACGCGCUCUAUGAGUUCCAUUAUGAUGAACCUCUCGAGCACGACGAGCCAGACGAUACUUAUCCCGCUGACAGAGAAUUCGAGCCGAGUGCACUCUUUUCUCUAGGCACCAGCAGCAGUAGUGAGGAAGAAGAUUGCGGAGAAGGACCCACCUCUUUCUGGCCCUAUCUCCCAGAAAACGACUUCAGCAUACCAAGGCGCCCUACCGAACGUUUUCAGAACCCGUACAUCUCCUUACUGUACGGGCCUCCCAGGAAGGAAGUCCCAGUUGGGCCGGACUACCAAGCUCAAAUCCCUACAUGUGACCCGAGCGCCAGCCAGAAAGAACUUCCCUUGAUGGGGACCCGCAUUAUCUCUAUGCCCGACACAAAUGACUUGACCCUAGAUGGGCUCGGGCGGGCUGCCUGCAUCUGCCUUGACACUGGCUCCAUGAGGUGCGUGCAGCAGCAUGUGAAGGAGGCAAGGGGAAAGCUACUCGACUCAGUCGGGCCCGAGAAUUUCGUGAAGCUGGGCUUGGACGAGAUGGGGGAGGAGGUGGCCCGAAAGUGGGGCCAGGACGAGGAGCGGGCCUUUCAUGAGAUUGUCCUAUCCAACCGUGUCGUGUUCUGGGAGCACCUGCGGGCCGAGUUCCCGGCCCGAACGAUGAGGGAGUUUGUCAGCUAUUACUUCAAUGUGUUCAUGCUCCGGAGGCGGGCCGCCCAGAAUAGGUCGUUCGUGCUUGAGAUUGAUAGUGAUGACGAUGAGGGGCGGGAGGAGGAUCUUGAUUCGGUGUAUAAUGACGAGGCCCGGGGGCAAAAUGGGGAAUGCUAUUUUUUCUGUGGGGGUGAGGAAGGAGAUGUUGCCGGGUCGACGGUGAAGUCUUUGGGUGACGGGGAUUUGGAUGCCAGCUGGAUGGACGAGUUCUGGGCCGAGCCUGGGAAAGUCGAUGGGGAUAACAAGGCUGGAAAACAAGAAAACUCAUGUGGUGCUGAUGUUGAUGUUGAGAAGAAAGAUGGUUUUGGAAGAGAAAACGAGGCGGCCAGACGAGAUGAUGAGAAGGUGCAUGACGAGCCUGAAUUCGAACAUGUCGAACGGAUCCAACUCAUAGAUGAUGUCUUCUUGAUCCUCGCCACAAAAGUACGACGGAGGCGAUCAGGUGCAGGACGCGUUGUCAGGUCCCCGACCGCAACUGCCACGCCUAGCCUCCGGCCAGCGGCGCGUGCGCUUGUUGUGGUCACGUGUGACCAGUGCCAGAUGAAUGUCCUCUACUGCCGUCCGCAACGUCGUUUUGUUUGGGGGGCAUGGGUGUAA